GAUACCUGAGUGGUUAGGAGUCUUAAGCAGAAUGUUCUGCUAGCCAUAAUCUCGAGACUUUAAGGACGAUUCGCGUGUCCUUUUGCCAGUAACAAGCACGCCGCAGCAGUUUGGCAACUGUUUGGCAGGCUUUCAGCUGCAGGAAUUGCUUAUACUAAAGAAAUCAGUGGACAUGAUGCAACUGGCAGAGGCAGCAGCGCCGCCGCCUGCAGCAAAGUCCAGCAGCGACUGCAAUCAGCCAGAGCGCAUGGCUCUUAUGGUAGCCGACAGAUCAUCAAGCGAUGCUGCACAAUCCUGGUAUAGUGGCUAUGGUGCUGCACAUUGGCCCGAGGAGAAGCCUUCGAAGCUGCAAACUCUAUUCCAAAUCAGCAUCACUGCCUUGGCGUUUCUUUCAUUUGGUGGCUAUUUGCUUUGCCUCAUUGUGCAGGCCAUCAAGAGCAAAGGCACCACCUACUUUCAUCCCGUGGCUACAGCAACAACAACCUCAACCAAUGGCAAUGUCAAACGCAUUAAAAUCUAUAGACGUAGCAAGCGUUAUGCGCACAAUGCGGCGUAUGGAAAUUAAAAUAAACAAUAAAC